AAUAUAGCAAUAAGGGAGGUAACUCUAAUUUCUUCAAAACACCGAAUCGCCUGGUCUCGUAGACCGCAGAGAUAGCCUACAAUCGGUGAUCAGUUGCUGGUUCCGAGGUAUGACAUCUUGACCCUUUGAUUUGUUGUAAACGCCGAUUGUUGUGAAACAAUGAGUAAACGUUUCUUCGAGGCUGCUAAACACGCUGACCUGUACGCGAAAUACCGCCCCAGUUAUGGCGAAGACAUAUACGAGCGCAUCUUCAAAUUCUGCCGAGAUGGCGGAAACCGAUUCAAGCUGGCAGUUGAUAUAGGCUGCGGUUCGGGUCAAAGUACAAAACAUUUGACCCAAUAUUUCGAACAGGUGGUCGGCGUGGACGUGAGCCCCAAACAGGUAGAGCAUGCGGCAUCGGACGUGCCCAAUCUCAAGUUUGAGGUGGGCUUCGCGGAGAGUUUCAGCACAGUGGUCCCGCCGGACACUGCGGACCUAGUGACCAUUGCCCAAGCCAUUCACUGGGUGGACACGGGGAAGUUCUACAGAGAGGUGGAAAAGGUUCUCCGGCCGGGAGGGGCGAUGGUUGUGUAUGGCUACGGUAACUGUACCAUAGACAACCCUCGGGCACAGGAGAUUAUAUCCAAGUUCUACUGGAGCACACUGAAGGGCUACUGGGACGAUAAGAGGGACCAUAUCAACACUCACUACAGAGAAUUCUCUUUACCCUACCAUGGCUCUUUUAGGGAGGAGAGUUUAAAGAUUGUCAAGGAAUGGACAGUUGACCAGUUCGUUGGUUACGUUUCCUCCUGGUCUGGUUGGCAGUCGUACCUCAAUGCACAUCCUUCCGCUUCCGACCUCGAAGACAUCAGAAAAACAUUGACGGCCUUGUACCAAACCUCGGCUGGGGAAGAAUCGAAAGUUAACAUAUCAUGGCCUGUGUUUAUGCUGCUUGGUCAGAAACCAAAGGAGUAGGUUGCAUGUCGUGUAAGGAUAUAUAACAUUAAAGGCAGCAUAAGGGGUAUACUGGUACAAUGUCGAAUAUAUCACUGCAUCCUCUAUAUCUCCAGGGCCCGCCAUUCGGUAAGCCUACACUAAGCCCUGGAUCCAAUUCCGGAAUUUCAUCAAGAUUUUACCAACCAAUCAAACGUCGACGUGAAGGAAAUGAUAAGGGAGGUAACUCGUAGUACCCAGAAACCAAAGUCACCAUCACUUUUAAAGGACAUGAAGACAUCGUUCCCAUCAAAUAUAUUUUUGAGGGCUUUCUUUUGCGUGUCAGUCUUUUGCGUUGAAUUUCUCGCAGUCUCGAUCAUAAUCAAUGGGACUGGCCAACUGAAAAAUGAGGUUGGUUUGUAACUCGCAUUCUGAUUGGUACGCCAGACCUCUUGGAAUGGAUCCAGGUGUAAGUGUUGGUUUACCAAUAAGCUUACCCAGAAGAUGGAGAGGAUGAUAUCACUGUUGCAGCACGACAUGUCGAAGAUGAAAGACAAAGAGCGGUUGGCACGGCCGGUAGUGAGUGAGUGAGUAUGGUUUUACGCCGCUUUUAGCAAAAUUCCAGCAAUAUCACUGCGGGGGACACCAGUAACUGGCUUCACAUAUUGUACCAAUGUCGGGAAUCGAACCCAGUUCGGUGUGACGAGCGAAUGCUUUAACCACUAGGCUAUCCGACCGUCCUUAACACUGGUAGAGCCGCAAUGUUGCCACGUCACUGUGGCCAAGGGUAGUAGGUCUCCGUUUGGUCGAGCAUGGGUUUUUUGUAUUUGUUGUUGUUGAACGCCGCUUUCAGCAAUAUUCUAGCUGUAUGUCAGCGGUUUAUACAUAAUCGAGUCUGGACCAGACAAACCUGUGAUUGAUAUCGUGAGCCGUUCAAAGCCGUGAAGGGACGAUGACAUUAAUCAACUCAAACGGGCUGACAUGCCGAUCCAAUUUAAGAAACUGAGGACCAGUUGUGUUGUUUUCCCUGUUUUAUCAAUAUAUUGAUGCAUCACUUGUAUUUAUCUUUUGAUGUGCCAUGUAUCUCUCUCUGUUUUUUUGAGUAAAAAUAAUAAACAGUU